AUGUUACCGUUACAUAAACGUAAACAUGAUAAAAAUAUUGAACGAAUCGACUACGAAACCACAACGGUAAAGAGGGUGAAACGAGAUCGCUCAAUAUCUGCUGAUUCUGACAUAGGACGUUUUCACUCAUUAGUCUCAACAAUUAAUCUAAAAAAAUUAAAUUUUGAUUUCAAAAAGGUUUGUAGUGUAACAUUAUCGCCAACUCAUGUAUACUGUUGUUUAGUUUGCGGGAAAUACUUUCAAGGUCGUAAUGAGAGAAGUCCUGCGUUUGUACAUUCAAUUGACAGUAAACAUCAUAUCUUCAUUAAUAUGAAUUCGUUAGAGUACUUUGAGCUUCCAGAAAACAUACAGAUUGAAGCAGUUGAUGACAAAAUACUUAAGGUAAUACGAUAUGCAAUUUGUCCCACGUAUUCUAACGAUGCUAUAAAGGAGUUCCCAUUAGAAUGUAUCGAUACAUACGGAAAAGUUUAUGCUAAUGGUUUUAUUGGAGUAACAGAUUCUUCCAAUAACCAUAGUGCAUUUAUUAAUGUGGUAUUGAUGUUAAUUGGUCAUAUUAAUCCCAUCAGAAAUUUUUUUCUACUGACUGAUCUCCAGGGUGAGAAUUUGUUAUUACAGAAACUUUCUAUAUUAAUGAGAAAAAUAUGGUCUCCUCAUUUAAUUCGAAAUUAUAUUUGCACUGACGAAUUUCUGGACUUUUUGGUUAUCAACAAACAAUUGCAGAAAUUACCUAAGGACCCUAAAAUCUUCUUAUUAUGGUUAAUCAAUAACCUGGCAAUUAAAUCAAAAAUACUGAAGCAACAACUGAUGUUGCAUUGUCAAGGAAAAAUUGUGAUCAAGAUGAAUAAUAAAAAAACUAUACCUUUCUGGAAUUUGACUUUGGACCUUCCUGUAUUUCGAUCCGAUUUUAAUGCUGUACCACAAGUCAAGAUUGGGGAUCUGCUAAAAAAGUAUGAUGAUGAAGACAGUGAAAAAUAUACAUUGAAACAGCUACCACACUUUCUAAUAUUGCACUUUAAUCGCUUCGAUGCUAAGUCAGAAUUUCCCAUCAAAAAUAGAAACCAAACGCUAGUCGAAUUCAAUGAAUUACUGACUAUUAGAAACACUAACUACAAGUUAAUAAGUAACAUUAUUCAUUCGGUCAAAAGAGCUUCGGAUGUGUCAUCGGAACCCAACAAGAAAGAUGACAUAAGCCUGUGGAAAAUCCAAGUGUAUAACAACAAUAUCAACAAGUGGUUUGAAGUUGAUGGUUCCACGAUCAAGGAGAAGAAUCCGGAAUUCUUAUUCAUUAAUGAAACAUAUCUCCAGAUAUGGGAGAAAUCUUCAUGA